CUUUACGGAGAUGGAUCCUCUUGAAUCUGCUCUUCGACCCUAUAUAAACACCCGUGCAUGCUUACUGUUCUUCACAUUAGCAUCUGAGAUCUCUGCUUCAUACACAAGCACACACACGCACAAAUACACACAGAUCAAAAUGGAACGUUCAAUGCGUCUUGUUUCCGCUGCCUUGGUUCUUGCCCUGCUUUUGGUGGCUACCGAGAUGGGACCAAUGGCUGUCGAGGGAAGGAGCGCUACUAAGGUUGGGCCAAAGAAGAGGACCUGCGAGAGUCAGAGCCAAAAAUUCAAGGGAAUUUGCUUCUUGACGAGCAACUGUGCCACGAGUUGCAAAACAGAGGGCUUCAAUGGAGGCCAAUGCCGUGGCUUCCGCCGUAGAUGCUUCUGCUCCAAAGCAUGUUAAUUGAUUAUAAUGGAUCCAUGAUCCAUCUGUGUGGGAGAGAGCUGUGAGCGUGCUUGUGUAAUGAGAUCGAUUGAUUGACCCAGCUGUGCAUGCCGGGUUAAUUGCUUUUGCUAAUAAAUGACCCUGCAUGGGUCAUUUCUUGUUUUU